UGUCCGACGCGUCUUUCUUGAUGACGAGCGCGUAACCCCCACGCAUUGACAUCCAUUAUCUACGUUUCUUCGGCGAUGCUGUAGGACUGAUACCGGGGAAAAUUCAGCUUAUAUUUCACAAUGGCGCCCUCGAAGAAGGAACUGGAAGAAACCCUCAUCGCUGCGACCUGCAGUGUCUUCGCUGCGGACCCAGAGACCACGACUGUCAACAAAGUACGGAAACAAGCUGAGCAAGACAAUGAUCUCGAGGAUGGCUUUUUCCGGGAUGAGCAAUGGAAAGGACGAAGCAAAGAACUGAUCACAGAAUAUGUGGAUAAGUUGAUGAAUGGCUGGAAGCCGGACAGCAAGGCCUCAAAACGGCCGAGCGAUGAUGCCGCAAGUCCAGAGCCAAAGAGAAGGAAGCAGAGUGCGCCGAAGAAGACCUCAAAAAGCAAGGACGGAAAAGAAGAUGCAAAGUCGAAGAAGAAGGCUAGCCGACCGCAAAAGAAAAUUGUGGACAGCGAGGACGAUGGGAGCGACAUGGAUGUGGACGACGACGAGGAGGAAGAGGAAGUCGUCAAGCCACAGAAGAAGAUCGCCAGACGGAAGAAGGUCGUGGAUGACGAUGAAGAAGAGGCGGACGAGCCCCGUCCAAAACCCAAGCCUGCGCCUCGUCAAUCAAAAGCAAAAACUGCCUCGCACGUUGAGGACAGCGAAGAUGACAUCGAGCAGCACUCCCCGGCAGCCGAAGACAAAGACACCGCGAAUGAGGAAAAUGAGGCCAAGGGGGCUGCUGACAGCGACAACGAGUCCGAAAUGUCGGUGCUUAUUGACGAAGAGCCCGCCACAGCCAAACGUCGCGGUUCCAAGUCUCAAUCUGCCCCGAAAGAGAAGAAACCCAAGAAAGAAGCAAAGAAGAGCGCACCGAAAGCCAGCGACACCGCUGACGACCCGGACACGGCGGAGAUCAAGAAACUGCAGGGUCACCUGGUCAAGUGCGGUGUCCGGAAGCUUUGGCAUAACGAGCUCAAGUCCUAUGGGGACAACUCACGCGCCAAGAUCAAGCACCUCAGAGGCAUGUUGAACGAUGUCGGCAUGACGGGUCGUUUCUCGGAAGCCAAGGCUAGAGAAAUCAAGGAGAGGCGGGAGCUGCUGGCUGACCUCGAGAGUGCGCAGGAGAUGAACAAGCUCUGGGGAAGCUCCCGAGGCGCGAGGACCUCGAGGGCCAAGGCGAAAAGCUUGAGAGAGAACAAAGACAGUGAUACUGAGGAGCAAGGCAAAAGUCACGACGAAAAGGGCGAUGGUGAUGAUGCAGAAGAAACAGGAGAGGAGGAGGAAGAAGAAGAAGAAGACGAAGAGCAAAGCUUUGCGGCCAGAAAAAGGAGGGCACAGGCCGACCUGGCGUUCCUGGGGGACGACAGUGAUUCGGAUUGAGCCUUGACUCAUGGGGCGCUUCCAAGGCAGUCUA